AUGCGAAAACCUACACCUGAACAAUGGCUUGGAAUAGCUGAUAGAUUUUAUCAAAAUACAAAUUUUCCAAAUUGCUUGUGUGCAAUAGAUGGCAAAUACAUACGAUGUAGGAAUCCCAUAAGCUCGGGUUCAUAUUAUUUUAACUACAAAAAAUGCUCUCAAGAGCAAGAAGAACGGUUGAGUGUGCAUUUGGAGUAUUAUCCAACAAAUGGAGAGGACGGAGCUAGUUAUGAAUAUAUGGAAUCAAAUCUGUUCGUCUUUGACUUAGAAAUUCUAGGAGCUCCAGCAAGAGAACAAGGGAUAGAGGUUAGAGCCGCAUAUGUAGAUUAUUUUAUGGGCCUAGGUUCAAUACCAUUCCAAUAUAUUAUAUUUAUUUAA